GCGGCCACUGCGCAUGCGCAAACCAUCGAUCCAAACGUGCACGGCAGUGGCAGAAGGGCGUUUCUGCCUUCCUGAUCGUUGCUGUGUCCCAGGCAGAAAGACGACCAGAAGAAACGUGCAUGCACUCAGCUGGACGCGGAGCCACGCCCACUGUGACCUGUGACCUUUUCUCUGCUUGCAAGUGUGUGUGAUGCCAUAUAUCACAGUCACGCACACACUGGUCUUCCCACGACUGAUCAACAGGAAUUGAUUGUCGCAGUGUUGUGUUCUAGUGUGUGUGUGUGUGUGUGUGUGCGUGCUUUGUUUGCAUAGUCAUGUAUGGGGCGUGGCCUUGAUGGUGCCAUGGGUGGGCAGGGUUAAAUACUUGUCAAGUUGGUGUGUGUUUGACAGCAGCUCUGGGACAGGAAAUGAAAGAAGAAAUGCUUGCAGUGGUGUUGAGCUUCCGGAACGUUUUUUUGCAGCUUGCUGCUCCUGAGAGGCGGCUGAGAGAGUUCUGACCCGUUCAUGAGCUACAUCAGAACCUGACAUACUCACCAUGGUGGAGCCCAUAUGUGCCACGGGCGUGGCAGCCCGGCUGCGCAGUCAGUGGGACCGUCAGGAAGGUUUGGGCCAGAACGACAACGCCGUCAAGUUUCUGGGUCAGGACUUCGAGACCCUGAGAGCACGCUGUCUUCAAAGUGGGACGCUCUUUGAGGACAGUCUGUUCCCCUGCGCCACUUCGUCGUUGGGCUUCAAUGAGCUCGGGCCCAGGUCGUCCAAGACAUACGGCGUGCGUUGGAUGAGGCCCACGGAGUUCUGCAAGCGACCUGCUUUCAUCGUGGACGGGGCAACCCGAACUGACAUCUGCCAGGGAGCUCUGGGGGACUGCUGGUUGCUGGCGGCCAUUGCCUCGCUGACCUUAAAUGACAACCUCCUGCACAGAGUGGUCCCGCACGGACAGAGCUUUGACCAGGGAUAUGCCGGAAUCUUCCACUUUCAGUUCUGGCAGUUCGGUGAGUGGGUGGAGGUGGUGAUUGACGACCGUCUUCCCGUGAAGGACGGCAAGCUGCUCUUUGUCCACUCAGCGGAGGGCGGCGAGUUCUGGAGUGCGUUGCUGGAGAAGGCCUAUGCCAAGUUGAACGGCUGCUACGAGGCGCUGUCGGGUGGUAGCACGUCAGAAGGUUUUGAGGACUUCACUGGCGGCGUGACUGAGAUGUUUGAGCUGAAGCAGGCACCCUCCGACCUCUUCGGGAUCAUGGGUCGCGCCAUCGACAGAGGCUCGCUGCUGGGCUGUUCCAUCGAUAUCACCAGCUCCAGAGACAUGGAGGCGGUCACCUUCAAGAAACUGGUCAAGGGACAUGCCUAUUCUGUCACGGCUGUGGACGAGGUGGUCUUCAGAGGAAACCUGACCAAACUAGUUCGCAUCAGGAACCCGUGGGGUGAGGUGGAAUGGACCGGUGCCUGGAGUGACAAUUCUCGGGAAUGGGACAGUGUUGACCGCGAUGUCCGAGCUCGACUUCAAAACCGCAGUGAGGAUGGCGAAUUCUGGAUGUCCUUCAGCGACUUCCUGCGCGAGUUCAGCCGUCUGGAAAUCUGCAACCUGACGGCCGAUGCCCUCCGGCACAGCCAGCUGAAGAAGUGGAGCUCGUCGUUGUAUCAGGGCGAGUGGAGGCGGGGCAGCACGGCCGGAGGCUGUCGGAAUUAUCCGGCCACCUUUUGGCUGAAUCCACAGUUCAAGUUGUUGUUGCAACAUCCCGACACUCCGGGCCAGUCAGACUGCAGCUUUCUGGUGGCCCUAAUGCAGAAGGACCGCAGGAAGAAACGACGGGAAGGCAAAGACAUGGAGACCAUUGGCUUCGCCGUCUACGAGGUUCCCAAUGAGUCGAAAGGACAGUCGCGAGUCCACUUGAAGCAGAACUUCUUUCUGACGCACGCCUCUAGCGCUCGCUCCGAGCUCUUCAUCAACUUGAGGGAGGUCAGCUCACGCCUGCGCCUCCCGUCUGGAGAGUAUAUCAUCGUGCCAUCCACGUUCGAGCCCCACAAAGAGGCCGAUUUCGUCCUGCGGGUCUUCUCGGAGAAGCCAGCCGACUCAGAGGAGCUUGAUGAUGACAUCGUGGCAGAGCUUCCGACCGAGAACUUUUUAGACGAGAGUCAGAUCGAUCCGGGCUUCAAGAGUCUCUUCAGGCAGCUGGCCGGCGCGGACAUGGAGAUCAGCAUCAAAGAGCUGCAGACCAUCCUGAACCGGAUCAUCAGCAAACAUAAAGACCUGAAGACAGACGGCUUCACCAAAGAGGCGUGUCGCAGCAUGAUCAACCUCAUGGACGUAUCCUUGCCACUGUGUUUUGCUCUGGUUGGAUACACCCGUCUCUUUGUUUCCUCAACUUUUCCCCAGACGGACGGCAGCGGGAAGCUGGGCUUGGUGGAGUUUCACGUGCUGUGGGAGAAGAUUAAACGAUACCUGACCAUAUUCAGGAACUUUGACCUGGACAAGUCGGGAACCAUGAGCUCCUAUGAGAUGAGGAUGGCGCUGGAAUCUGCAGGCUUCAAGCUGACCAAUCACCUCUUCCAGCUCAUCAUCCUGCGAUACACCGAGGCCGACAUGAGCGUGGACUUCGACAACUUCGUCACCUGUCUGGUCCGCCUGGAGGCCAUGUUCAAGACGUUCAAGGUCAUGGACACAGACGCAGAUGGGCUCAUCGCGCUUAACUUUUCUCAGUGGAUCUCGCUCACAAUGUUCGCCUAGACUAAAGUGGGCGGAGUCUGCAGUGCCUUCUCAUCGACCCCACGUUACCAUGUGACGUAGCCAUGCCCCUCCCAUUCUCACCUCUGGUGGAGUGGGACGCGAGCCACACACCCAAGCAACAUGGCUGCUGUGGACAUUGCUUUGGAUGACAGAUGUGCCAAACAUUUUGUACUGUGUAUCAGCAAUGUUUUUAUGGUGACUUGACAAAGAAAAGAACACAAAAUGUGCACCAAUAAAUAAAACUUUUAUCAAUAAGCGGAACAUAAAAAAACAAUGACAUCGUGACACUUCAACCAAUAAAGUAAAAAAAACAACAAUGUGA